AUGUCGGUCUACUCCAACGAUGAUGAGCAUGAUCCUCAGGUGGAUGAGCUCCGCGAAACGGCUCUCGUGACGCUGGAGGCAUUGAUCAGCUCCUGUAACCAACAAAUGCAACCGUACCUGUCCAGCACCACCCGAUCAGCUCUACGAUUCCUCAAAUAUGACCCCAACGUUGCCGAAAUGGAGGACGACGAAGAGAUGGGUGGAACACAAGACGAUGGGAGCGAAGGCGAUGCCACUGAAGAGCCCGACAUGGACGAAGACGACGAUUUCGAGGACUUUGAAGAAGAUGGAGGCUAUAGUGAUAUUGAUGAUGUGAGCUGGAAGGUACGCCGAUGUGCUGCCAAGCUUCUGUACACUGUCAUCUCCACCUACGGCCGUGGUCGCGCUUGGGACAACUCCGCUUUGUUCCAGCAGAUCGCCCCUGCCCUUGUUUCCCGAAUCAGCAAGGAAAGAGAAGAAAGCGUGAAGCUGGAGAUUGUAUCAACUUUGACCGCUCUCGUGCGGAAGACAGGAGAGGGCUCGAUGAUCGUCACGUCCAAUGAUUUCCUUGAAGCCGUCGGGGGAUCGAAGAACUCACGCAAGCGCAGACGCCAGGACAGUGAUGCAAGCAUGAUUGACUUUGAACCGAGCAUCGGAACAUCUUCAGCAAUCGAUUCUCCUGCUGCUCCAUCUUCGCCCAAGUCUGGUUCACAGGCUGACCUGGCCCGCUCUGUCCCUCUGAUUGUGCAGAACAUCGUCAAGGUGUGGAAGCAGGCUUCAAUCCCUCUUAAGCAAGCCGCUAUUAUCCUCCUUAAGAGCCUCUCUCUCGUGCGCUACGGUGGGCUCGCAGAUCAUCUCCAACAGAUUGAAGAUCUCAUUGCAGAUGCCCUCAAGACUUCAUCGUUGUCAGGGAGCGCUCCCGCUCACACUGGCGCCGCCGUCAGUGCGGGUACUCUCCAGAUCGAAACUCUCGGCCUCAUUGCAGCAAUUGCUGAGACUCAUUUGUCCGAUGCGCUUCUCCCAUUCCUUAUUGCCCUGGUACCAGGAGUGGUUGCCGCUGUCAACGACCGCAAUUACAAAGUCAGCAGUGAAGCAUUGGGUGCUGUUGAGCAGGUAGUUAAGGCUUUCACACCUCCCCGUGUAUCUGCCAACGCUUCCGACGUUACUCAGCAAUUGCAAAAGCUCUAUGAUGUUGUUCACUCACGAAUCACCGACACCAGUGCCGAUCUCGAAGUCCGCCAGCGUGCCAUCCAUGUGUUUGGUGUCAUUCUCGCACGUACCUCUGGGCAGCGUGGAUCAGAGUUUGUUUCUGCUGACCGGCGAUCGACCGGCCUUUCGGUUCUGCUGGACCGCCUGAAGAAUGAGACCACCCGUCUAUCCGCUGUUCGUGCCGUUGACGAUGUGGUUGUUUUGGCAUCCCGGAAAGAGGACGUGGCCAGUGAAUGGGUCAAUGAAGUUGCCCUUGAACUUGCAUCCAAUCUGCGAAAGUCAGACCGUGCCUUGCGAGGCUCAUGUCUAGAGGCUCUUCGCAGUCUAUCCAUGAAUUCGACCGUCAGAUCCUAUCUAACCCCCAAAACCAUGGCAUCAUUGGAAACUGCACUUCUGCCUCUUCUUGCGGCUCCUGAUUUCCACACCCUUACUCCUGCUCUCAUUAUCAUCGCAAAACUUAUUCCUGGCAAUGCUAAACUUCUUGUGAACAGCGCAUUGAUCUCUUCCAUGUGCUCUAUCGUCAAGCAGCCUCUAGUCGGGACUGUGCUCAAAGCUCUGCUUCUCAUUGUGAAGGUCAUCGGCGACGAAGGCGCCGGAGCUGAGUUGAUGAAAACCCUCCUGCAAGAUGUGGGCAUUACCGGAGACUCUUCCGUGGUCGGCAGGGCCGUCGGAACUCUUCUCGUUCAUGGUGGACCAAACUUGGGAGUCACAAUGGAAGACUUCUCUACUGAACUGAAAACUGCGCGAGACGAUAGCCGAAAAUGCCUCGCACUCGCCAUUCUCGGAGAAAUCGGCUUGCGCAUGGGUCCCGAGUGUUCGUUGACUCCCGACCACUUUAUUGCACACUUUGAGGCCCAGUCGGACCACGUUCGCUUGUCCGCUGCUACGGCUCUCGGUAAUGCUGCAGCAGGUAGCGUUAAAGCCUAUCUACCUAUCAUCUUAAACGGCCUUGAGAAGUCCAACUCGCAGAGCUACCUGCUCCUUCACUCUGUGCGCGAGUUGCUCCAACACCCUGAGGUUGUGCGACCUGAUCUUGCGCCGUCUGCUCGCAAGUUGUGGCAGUCACUCCUUGUCGUGUCUGAGGAAGAAGACAACCGGGCGGUUGGUGCAGAAUGCGUGGGCCGUCUGGCUCUGCUUGAUCCCGUUGCUUACAUUCCCCACUUCCAAGAGUAUCUCGCCAGCCCAAUCCCCGCUGUCCGCGGCGUAGUGAUCUCAGCCUUCCGUUACACGCUUGCUGAUUCAGGUGAUGCUUUCAACAAUGUUCUCCGACCGUUAAUGGUGCCUCUGUUGACCAAUAUGCUUGCUGAUGGCGAUCUGGGCAACCACCGUCUCGCCCUGACUACUCUGAACUCCGCCAUUCACAACAAAAUGGAUCUUCUUCUUCCUCACCUUGAUGAACUGCUUCCCGCUGUUUUGGGAGACACCAAAAUCAAGCCAGAGCUUAUUCGCGAGGUUCAAAUGGGUCCAUUCAAGCACAAGGUUGAUGACGGUCUUGAUUUGCGAAAGAGUGCGUACGAAACGCUUUAUGCGUCGCUUGAUACCUCAUUUUUCCAAACUCACACUACCGAACUAUUUGAUCGUGUUCUUGCCGGUAUUGACGAUGAGCAAGAUAUUCGCGCGAUCAGCAAUCUCAUGACAUCCAAGCUGAUUAAGAUUGUGCCGGAGGCGACUGAGCGGUUGUUGGAUGCCUUGUCAGAGCGCUACACCGCCGUUCUCUCGUUCAAGCCGAAGGAAAAUGCUGUCAAACAGGAAAUUGAAAAGGCACAAGAGGCAUCUUUGGGUAUUCUCAAAAUCACCAAAGAGUUGAGCAAGGCCUUCCCCGGCGCGGAAUCUUCGAGCGACCUCCACAAGUGGAAGGGAUACAUGGAGUGGGUUCGACGGACCUUUGCUCUGCAGCUUCAAUCCUUGGAAUUGGAUUUCUAG